AUGGUUGGUCGUCCUCGCUCCAAGGGCUGCUCCACAUGCCGAGCUCGUCACCUGAAAUGCGGUUCAGACGAGAGACGGCCAGUCUGCUCACGCUGCGCAAAAGACAAGUUCGAUUGUGGGCCCCGCUCCGACGACUUGCAAGUCAUCCAUUACAGUCCCCCAAAGUCGCUUGCGCGUAAUUCACCAAAAUCUGCUGGCGCAACAGACGACCAUGUCUUCAUAACGCAUCUAAACCACAAGCUGUUUACGGGAGAUGAUACACGCGUGCGCUGGGUUGGCUUCAACGCCAUGGCGCGACCACACACGUUGCCCUGGAAGUGCUUGCUUGCAUUGUCUAAAUCUUUUUACGGUCGAGUGCAGCAAAACUCAGACAUAACACGGCAUGGUAUUGCCCUGUACGGCCAAUGUCUUCGGGAUGUCAACAAAGGUCUAUCCGACGUGAAGAAGCAUUCAGCAACCGACAUGCUCUUAUCAAUCAUGAUUAUGGGCUUCUACGAGGCAAGAUGUGACAUGCUGCUUUGUACCAGUCACGACGCUUGGAUCCGCCAUGGACAGGGCAUAUCAACAGUAUUUCAAUUGCAUGGGCCAGGAACGUGUAGAGACAAGAACAUGUUCGAGCUCUUCCGCAGCAGCAGGUUUCUUAUAGUCCUCUCCUCGCUGGCCAGUAGACGACCCACGUUUCUCUCGGAACAAACAUGGAAAACAGUCCCUUGGCAACAGCAGAACUUAGCAAAAGACAGCAUGGAUAAUCUUCUCGACAUCAUGUCCGAAGUACCUGCUCUCCGAAGUACACUGUUCACUCUGCAAAAUGGCAUUGAUACAGGAGAUGCAAAUGCGGCCACGUAUUAUGCUUUAGCAGAAGAAGCCACUGCUGUGCUUGCUCGGUUCCAGGAGUGGAGAAAGACUUGGAACGCCUCGUCAGAAGGCUGCAUCGUUAGGAUCUACGCAGAUGAAGAGCAACCAGAAAAUGAGUAUUUACAUUUUGCAAGUCUCUAUGCGGCGAACUGCUGUUCGCUAUACGACGCUUCGCUUAUACUCGUAAUUGAGACCAUCCUAUUAUCUGCUCAACCCGGACAACUGUAUCCUGGGGUCGCGGCCACACUAUAUGAGAGAGGACGUCAGGCAGCCAUGGAGAUCUGCGCGAGUCUUGACUUUCAGCUUCAACACUCGCAUACCAGACUCGGUCAACUUUUUGUUAUCUGGCCGUUGCGAGAAGCUGGGAAAAUACUGGGCAAGGGCAGUCCUGCGGAACAGCUUCUAUUUGAACGGCAGAAACAGAAGUUGGCCACGGGACAAGAUUCUUGGGAGAUAUCGAAAUCGGCUUUCGGAAAAUACGGUUGA